AUGAUUUUGCGCGUCAAGGAAUGCUUUCAAUAUGUCGAGCAAGAUGCAACAAAAUGGUAUACAGCCGAUAGUUUUCUUUGUCGACUUCUUUAUGAAGUUCCUUGUGCUGAAACUAUUGAUUCUAUAUUUAAACUACCUUAUUUUAUUCAAGAUCUUCAUAAUCAACUGGUUCUUUUGCAAGUCGAUUAUUUGAAAAGAUUACAAAGAUACAACUCUCCAAAUUUAAAAUUGUAUCGUGAUCAGGUUAUGACAUGGAAAGAUUUUGAAAAUAAAAUUCGUGCUAGUAAAGGAAGUUUUAUAUUAAUGAAUAGUUUUCUAUCAACUAUAACAGACUACUACGUAGCAUGGGCGUUCGCUAGCGAUGGCAAUGCUCAAAAUCCACAAGUUCAUGUAUUCGUAUUAUAA